ACUACUCCACACUCACCCUACCCCACCCCCCACCCCUGCAAUGGCUUCCUUCGCCAACCAACUCUCCAUCGUCUUCCUCCUCCUCCUCCCACUGUUCUUAUCCUCUCUGCACACCACAACCGCAAGAGACACCCAAUUCUUCAACAAAGUCCCUUCCACCACCAACAAUGGCGUCCCUAAAAAUGAACUCCCCCAAACUCAAGAUCCCAACUUCCAACCCAACACCGAUAACAACUACGGCCUCUACGGCAACUCCGACGCCGCCACUCUGCCGCCGUCAAAGUACCUCCCCAAAAACUACAACCCCGUUGCCUAUGUCACCGUGCCGGAGACAACUAACGACGACAACAACAACAACGACGACGGCAACAAGUUUUACAGCACCACCAACGGCUACGACAAUGGCGGCCGCCAGAACUUCUACGACGCCCAGCAAGAGGAAGAAGAUCAAACGCCGUACAGAAGCUACACCAACGCCGCCGCCGAGUUCCAGCCGCAGGGACUGAGCGACACCAGGUCCUUCCAAAACGGCCGGUACUUUUACGACGUCGACGCCGAGAAAUUCAGCGGCAGCCACCCCUACCAGAGCCUGAGAGGUGGCCGGAGGAAUUCCUACGACGCCGGAGCCGGCGACCGGUACGGCCAGUUUAACGGUGGGAACGCCGUCGGAGAGUUUCGUCAGAGCCAGAACGAGUUCCAGCCGGAGGAGAAUUUCAAUGAGCCAUGAAAAUUAUAACAAAUAUUUUAAUUAAUUAUUAUUAAUUAAACUAAAAUAUAUUAUAGGGGGGAUUGUUGUGUUAUGAAUUGAACCACAUGUUUAAUUAAUUAUGUGGGUUUUUAUUUUUGAAUUUUCAGCAUUUUCAUGCCCUUGCGUUUUUGGAAUUGUGGGAUUUUGAAUUUGUAAUGGUCUGUUGAUGAAUUUUAUUUAUAUAUUUUUACGA